CACGCGAGUCAACGAAGAAAMGCGUUUGGGUURAACUUUGUUGUGCGUKAAAUGAUUUUUGUGAGUGAAWCAGACGGAAACGCCACCGAUGAGCGGUGAAAUACGCGUCGAUUCUGUGAAGUUUUGAAGGCUUCAAAACUAAAAUCAGAGAGAAUCAGAGCUGAAGACGAAGAGACACAGGUCCUCUGUGGAUCCAUGUCACUGUCAGCCCGCAGCGCUGCUCCCACACGCGUGUUUUUUCCCUUUUCUGUGGAGCAGAAAACACAAACACGAGCCGUCCAUGUUGCUGUGAGGAGUKGAGUCUCCACGGUUCUCAUGGUGUGUUUAAGUGCAGCCCGCUGCUCGGAGCUUCCAGACUCCAGUCUGACUCGUUCACUAGAAAGCAGAGRGAAAAACACAGAAGAGGAAAAUGGCAGAAGUAGCUCCAGCUCCCGCUCCGGCCAAAGCAGCGAAGAAGAAGAGCACGAAGCCGAAGAAGGCCGGUCCCAGCGUGUCCGAGCUGAUCGUGAAGGCUGUGGCCGCCUCCAAGGAGCGCAGCGGCGUGUCCGCUGCCGCCCUCAAGAAGACUCUGGCCGCCGGAGGCUACGAUGUGGACAAGAACAAGGCCCGCGUCAAGACCGCCAUCAAGAGCCUGGUSACCAAGGGGACCCUGGUCCAGACCAAGGGCAUCGGCGCGUCCGGCUCCUUCAAGAUGAACAAGCAGGCCGACAGCAAGGCCAAGAA